AUGGCGUCUACCGGGGUCCAACUGCUGGGCUUGACCCUGUCCAUCCUGGGCUGGGCGGGGUCCAUCCUAGUGGCCGCCCUGCCCAUGUGGCAAGUCUCGGCUUUCAUCGAGGGUCACCUGGUGGUGUCGCAGACCACCUGGGAAGGCCUCUGGAUGGCCUGCGUGGUGCAGAGCACCGGACAGAUGCAGUGCAAAGUCUUCGACUCCAUCCUGGCGCUCAGCCCGCAGAUCCAAGCCGGCCGGACUCUGAUGGUCAUCGGGGCGGUGCUGGGGCUGGUGGCCUUGCUGGUGACGGUCACGGGAGCCCAGUGCACCACCUGCCUGCGCGGGGCCAAGAUCAAGGACUGGAUCGCGGGCAUCGGGGGCGCCCUCUUCCUCAUCUGCGGUUUGCUAGUGCUGGUGCCCCCCUCCUGGUUCGCCAACACCAUCAUCAGCAACUUCUACGACCCCAACGUGGAGCCCUCCAGGAAACGGGAGAUGGGCGCCGCGCUGUACCUGGGCUGGGCGGCCGCCACGCUGCUCCUGCUGGGCGGCUCGCUCAUCUGCGGAGCCUCGGCUUGGAAGGACGACAGCGGCACCUUCCCCGCCAAGUAUUCGGCUCCCCGGCGCUCCGCCGCCCCGGUCUCCAACGGGGCAGGAGGAGAGUACGACAAGAAGAACUACGUCUGAGAACUACUCCGUCCGCCUUAAGGGAUUUUGGUUGUUGUAAGAGCGCCAUCCGCCCGUCGCGGGGCCGAGGGAAGAGUUGGCGGAGGGGGAAGAAGCGAGGGGAUGGCUGGUCCUCGGAUUAAGACUUUCCUCCUGCUUUUGUGACUUUAGGGAGGGGAGGGACUAUUUGGGGAAACAAAACAGCAAGAACAAAAAAAAAAAUGGAAAAUUCACACCCGAGACUCUUCCUUUUGCUUUGAGAAUCCUUCUCUUGUAUGGACUUCCAAUUGUACUAGCCUUCAUUGAGUGCUUGCCUGCUUGGCUUUCUUUCUUUCUUCAGCGGAAGCACCUGGGCUAUUAUUCCAGCUUUGUAAAAGUUAGUUCUUAGAUUUAUUGCUAAAUAUUUUUCUUAGUAAGGGGUGUGGUGGUUCAGGGGCUGAGACGGUGAGCUUGUGGAUCAGAAAAGGUGACAGUUCGAAUCCCAAGCGCCGCGUAAUGGAGUGAGCUCCCGUUAC